AGAAUAUUGUGUGUGAUCACUGUACAGUGGCUUGCGGAAUUUUCUUCCUUUUGAAUUUUUCUUGAUGUCGUGCUGUCGUAAUACAACUGCUUGCUUAAUUUGACUUUGACCGUUCUUUACCUGCUCCAAGAUUUGACGUUGUAAAGAAAAGGACGUUUGAGUGACCAAAACUCCGCUGUUCAGUCGGGUGAAUAACUGCGCCGAAACCCGAAUUGUCCUAUUCCAUUUCUUAACGAAAACCUCCUCCGCCAUGCUCAGCCUCAUGUGCUACGCUAACAGCGUGGACGUUCUGGACGACGGCGGGAUAGUGCGGUACGGACGCGUGGUGGACCUGGCGGACAACGGCCUCUUCGUCGAUCUGCUCUAUCCCCAUCAGCGACGCGAGUACUUCCCCUUCGAACGCCUCCUGCUCAACCCGGCCAGCUCCUUACUGGAGAGCCCAUGCCCUACCGAAUUCGCGCGCCUUCCCGUGGAAGUGCUGGUGCCGGCGAUGUCGGUGGGUGCGUUGGUGUGGCUGGCGGGGGAAGCGGUUAACUUGGGCGGCGGUCAGGCACUGGGACGGUACGACGGGGCCAUCGUCCACUGGGUGUGUCCAGACGGCGGAGGGCCCUGCACGGAUUUCCUUCCCCUUUCCCGCAUCCGUUGGCCGCAGACAGCCGCCCUGGCAGCGCAGCGUCACGUCCGUUCCGACACCUUCGGCAAGCGCAGUCUGGCCUUGGACGAUGCAUUCCCCUCCCUGUCCGCGGAAGAAGCCGCGGAGCUCAUCAAGCGCUUGAAUAAUGAUACCCUGCGGGACUUUCACUUUCCCUGUGACGCGAACGUGGUCGAGCUCGUGGAGCGCCGUCUGGAGUACAUUUACCAGCCGGAUUUGGAAGAGUCGGGACGAUAUGAUCCCCGCGGAUUGCGUUAUCUGGUGUCGCUGGCCAGUUUCCAAGCGGAGCUGAUACGCCUGUCGGCACUGUCGGACGAGAUCCCGGCCACCUGCGACGAAGUGGCACUGCCGAUGAAGGUGUGGCGGCAAGUGUUUGCCCACUUGGACACGGUGACGCAGAUGGGGCUGCGCGCGGUCUGCGGAGAGUGGCAGCGGGCGCUGGAUGAGCCGGAGCUGAGCGGCCGUCUGUGGGUCGGGGACUACGCAGACUCCCAGCGGUGCUUCGACCACUUUCGGGCCUUGGCCACGCUGUACCACCGCCUGCAGGCGGACACGCAGGACCUGGUGGUGCAGGCCUACGAGCGCCACUCCCCGCUGGCCAUCCAGGAGACGAUGAUGCUGUGCCAGAUGGUCCACUACGUGGCGCAGCACCGCCGCCCGGGGAUCCGUCUGCGCAGCCUGCAUCUGCACCAUUGCCAGUGGGACCUGCAGAUUAACGGCGGCGCCGCCACGAGGGAUGCCCAUGCUGAAUGCGUCCUGCACCAGGCGGACCCGGCGCCCCUCCGGGACAUUGGCCGCCGCAGUGGGUACCAGCUGGAGGAUUGGAUUGCCGCGUGCGGCCGCUUGCCCGCUGCGCUGGCUCAACGGCUGGACGGAGAAAAGCGUCAGUGUGGAGAUGGACCUGCCGACCACGCGCCUGCCGAUGGGUGGGCGACUCCGUAG